CACCUUUGUGGAGAUGUUGCGAUCGGUUGUGGCUCUGUUUUCGAUCAUUUGUGUGCUUGUGGGCCUGGCCGAGGCACAGACACCGAACUACUGUGACCCCGCGCUGUGUGGCAGCUCCACGAAUAUUGCCUGCAACAAUAAUGGUGCCUGGGCGUCGACCUGUCCCACAAGUCCUGCCCCAUCGGCUGUGACCUUUAAUCUGACGCAACGGAAGCAAAUCCUCAAAAUGCAUAAUGUCCGGCGCAAUCGAAUCGCCAGCGGCCUGAUGACCAAAUACAAGCCAGCCAAACGAAUGGCCACCAUGCGAUGGAAUCCAGAGCUGGCCAAACUGGCAGCCCUCAAUGUUAAGCAGUGCAAAAUGAAUCACGAUGCGUGCCACAACACGCAGACGUUCAAGGCGAGUGGCCAGAAUCUGGCCAUGUAUGGCUACUCGGGUCCCCAGUCGGGCAUGACCAUACCGCAGCUGAUCACCGCCUCUGUGAAUAUGUGGUGGGGCGAGCAGAAGGACGCCUCAAUGACGGUCAUCAACAAGUAUCCAAGCGACUGGACUGGACCGCAAAUUGGACACUUCACUGCCAUGGCCCAGGAGAAGAACACACAUUGCGGCUGUGCGGCUGCCUUUUAUACGGAGAGUGGCAUGAAUAACUUUCUGAUGGCCUGCAACUAUGCCACCACCAAUUGGGUGGGCAGUCCCGUCUAUCAGCGCGGUGUCAAGGGCUCUGGCUGCACGAAGGGCACGAAUCCCAACUAUCCAGGCCUGUGCAAAGUGGCAGAGGUCUAUGAUGUGUAAAGUUGAAGACUGGCUGCACAUAAACAGGAGAAAGGAAAGAGAGUUCUCGAUGUACAGGGCUUCAGCAGAAAGAGAGAGCUCUUUAGCUGACUGAAAACUAUGCAUCUAUAGCUCUCUCUAGCAGUCAGUGAUCUAUGCAUAUAUAAUAUAGAUAACCCUGCAGCAGACAAUAAACUUUGUGCUUGAAUCAAGCAUUUUCUAUGUCCAAAUAAAGGCCUGAUUUUCUAUAUGCAA